AUCACACGACCAGACCCCAGAGACCCCCCCUCCCUCCUCCCCUGCACGGUGAUCGGCAUUGAUACAGCAGCGCCGGUAGGGGCGGGGCAGCACUGCAGCAGUGCGCCUCUCCGGAGCUGUCUCCUCUCCGGUAAUGAUCCAUAGGAUACGCACGCCCCUCUCCUCUCCGCCCCUGCCGCGAGACAGGUGGUUGGACUAUAUGCCUCCAUCCUCGAGCGCUCCCUGUUAGAAUAAGAAAAAAAAAAAAAAAGAAAAAAAAUCUGUUGACAGCAGGACGUGGUCGGUUGGCGCGAGCGCGUCCCCGAUGGACUUCCAGCGUGUGACCUCCGCGAGCACCGGGCGGCCAGCCGGAGAGGGGGGCAGAGAGCCCCGCCGAUCCACCACCACCAAAUGUUUUGCAGCGAAUUCCUCGAGAUGCUGUUCACGGGAGAGGGUGUACCGAGAGAGGAAUGAGAUGCACGAAUAGAAAAGUUGACACGGUUUUGGUGGGAUUUUUCAUCUGAGAGGCGGCGGGAUCAUUUCGGACUAUCCUCCGGUCUGGGAAGUUCCCUUGGGGAGGGGGGUUCAUUAUGGCUUCAGGCGCCGGUAAGGCUGCACAGCCCUCCGGGCCGGGCUCCGCCGUUAACGGGACUGCGGCAGAGUUCCCCAACAUCGAGCAGGAGCUGUACGACUACCAGAUGCACAACAAGAUGUGCAAGAAGAUCGCUCAGCUCACCAAGGUGAUUUAUUCUCUGAACAUGAGGAAUGAGGAGCAGGAGGCGGCCCUGCAGGCCUUGAGCCACGCGCACCACGAUGAGCUGCAUCGCAUCCUGAUGGAGACGUGCCAUGAGGGGGAGGGGUCAGCGCUGAGGACACGCCUCCUCGAGCUGCAGGAGUCUCUGGACGAGCAGCAGAGGGUUGGAGCUCAGGUGUGUGCACGUGUGCAGGCGGACUUUGAGAUCUUCCGCAUCCAGUUAGAAGAAAGGGAGCGUGAAACUGAAGCGGAGCUGCGCAAAGAGUUCGAGGUGAAGCUCAAGGCGGCAGAGGGAGAGCUCCAGGAAGCCAAGGCCCAGAUCAGCGCCGCCCAGGAGGAGAGCCAGAGACUGAGCGAAGAGCUGGAGAAGGCUGGGGUGCAGCUCCAGGAGCUGGAUGCCAAAUGUGAGGAGCUGCAGAAGGCGGCGAAGGAGAAGGAGGAGGAGCGACAGAGGGACGGCGAGGAGAAAAAGAAAGAGGAGGAGGAGAGGCGAACAGAGCAGCGCGAGGACCUGGAAAGAGUGAAAGACCUCUUGGAGGAGGUGAGGGCGCUGAAGGAGGAGAGGGGUCGAGCGGAGGAGGAGAAGAGGCAGGCCGUGAAAGACGAGCGGGAGCAGUGGGAGCGGAAGGUGAACGACCUGAAUGAGGAGAAAGAGGAGAUGAGGAAGAAGAUAGAGGCGGAGUGGAGGGAGGAGCGGCAGAGGUGGGAAGAGAGGGAAGAGGAGGAGAAGAAAGGAAUGCACAGCGCCCUGCGGGAACGGGUGAAGAGGGCCGAGGCGGAGGUGGAAAGUCACCUGGAGAGGCUGGCUGAGAGCAAGAGAAGCACGGUCAAGCUGCAAGAGCGAAUACAGGACCUGGAGGAGGAGCUGGAGCUGGAUCGGAGGCGCGUGUCGGAGGCCGAGGGCGUGGCCAAACGGGCGGAGGAGGAGCUCGCCGUCGCCAAGGAGAGGUUGCUGCUGCAGGAAGACGAGCUGCAGAGCAGAGCAGCGGAGCUGCUGAAUCGGGGAGGCUGUGAGGUGUGCGUGUGCGCCGAAGUCGAGGAGCUGAGGAGCCAGGUGAGCCGUCUGCAGAGCAGGAACAGGGAGCUGGAGCUGCAGAGCAGCGGCCGAAACAAUGACCACGCCCGGCAGAUACGUCAGCAUGCUGAGGCCCUGUCUAGCUUGCGUUCAGAGAUGGUGAGAGCUCAGACAGAGGAGCUGCGUCGCAUCCAGAAGCAUGCAGACGACGAAAGGGACAAACUGCAGAAGGAGAUAGAGAAAGAAAGAGAAAGUCUGCAGAGGGAGAGGGAGCAGGAAAAGGAUAAGCUUGAGAAGGACAGGAGCAGGAUGCGCAGGGAGCGAGACGAGGAGAAGGAGGUGCUGCACAAAGAAGCCGAAGAGGUCAAGGAGCGUCUGAGGAGAGAGAAGGAGGAAGAGGUGGACAGGCUACGCAAAGAACUGGAAGUCGAGAGGGUUCGCGUUCGGUCCCAGCUGGACAAGAACAUUGAGCAGGUCGAGGCGGAGAGAGCUAAUGUGCAGCUGAAGCUGGAGGAGGAGAAAAAGAGGUUGGGGGAGAAGGCCGAGGAGGACAGGAAGCGGCUGAAGGAGCAGGUGCGGAAGGCGAUAGAGGAGGUGAUGAGGAGACACGCGGCCGAGCUGAACAGCGUCCAAGAAGCUCUGAGCUCAGAGAAGAAGACCAACCAAGAGGUGUGUGCACGUUUGGAAGAGGAGAGGAGGAUUAGCGAGGAGCUACGCGGCAUGCUGGAGACAGAAAGAGAAGAGCUGAAGGCAAAAGUGAAGGAUGCCACCGAUGAGAUCUGCAGGCUGGAGUCAGUGAUCCAGCAGAAAGACAAGAAAGAGAAGGUGGGCCCCGACGCUGCACCCUCGUGUGGACCACAGUGCUCUCGCCUGGAGGAAGAGCUCCAUCAGGCCCGGCGUCGACUGGCCCGGGUUCAGGAGGAGGCAGACAGGCAGCGCGACAGACAGCAGAGGGAGAUAAGUUCCCUCAGAGCCGACAAGCAUCGACUGGAGGAGAAAGUCCUGGAACAGAGCCGGCUGAACACGGAGAGGAGUCUUCUAGAGCAGGGCCAGCGGCACACCGAGGACCGGAUCAGGGCAGAGUGUGAGGAUCGUCUCAGAGCCGAGUUCAGGAUAGAGAUGAACGCUGCUGUCGCUGAGAGCGAACAGAGGUGGCAGAGUCGAGAGCAGGAGCUGCAGACGGAGAUAUCCGAGCUGCAGGGUCAACUGACCGAGCUGCAGUCUCAGGCGGACAAAAAGAAGGUGGGCCAGGGAGACGAUUGCCACGGCAACCCCGAAAUCGAGAGGUUAAGAAAGGAGGUUCAAGACACCAAGGAGAUAAACAAGAAACUGAGGGAACUGCUGCAGGAGCCCCAGUCCCAGUCCUUAGCUGAGGAGAGGCAGAGUCACACCAUCGCGCUGCAGACGUUAGAAAGACAGGCUAAGGAAGAUCUGCUAUCUGAGAGAAACAGACUUCAGACGAUGCACCACCUGGAGCUAGAUAAGCAGCGUGCAGAGUUGACCCAGCAGCACACGGAGUGGAGCAGACAGAUGACCCAGAGACACAUGCAGCAGAUAGAAGACCUACAGGCCCAACUGCAGGCGCACACACAGAUGAUGGCGCUGCAGCAGGACCUGAAGCAGCAGAACCAGAAUCAGGUGUUUGAGCGACAGCUGGACGAGAGUCGCUGUGCCAUGCUGGAGCUCCAGAGAGAAAAUGCUACACUGAAGAAGCAAUUAAAGGAUCGAAAUGUGACAACACGGCGGGCUCCAUGGAAGACCCACCCCCUCUGUAGAUAUGAAGCUCUCGCAACACAACACAAAAACUCUUAUUUCAGGUCGAUGCAGAAGAAUUCUGAAGUCCAAGUAAAAGAAGAGGAAAGCACAGACACGACGAAGAAGAGAGACGCCCAGCUGGAAGAAGAAGCACAACGUCUGAAGGAGGAGGUGGAGAAACUGAGGGUGGAAAUGGAGAAGCUGGAGGAGUCCCAGAAACACUGGGAGGAGAAGAAAGAGGAGGACGUGAAAGAAGAGGAGGUGGACGAGGAGAAGAAGAAGGAGCGAGAGGAGGAGAAGAGGAGGGAGGAGGUGGAGGAGAUCAGGAGGGAGCACAAGAGGGAGAUGCAGAGUUUGGUGUCUGAGUACAGCAGCGCUCAGAAUCACCUGCAGGCUCGAAUAGUGGCCUUGGAGAACGAAUUUAACUGCAGGCUGCGUGAGCGGGAGGAGCGGUGCCGGAGGAGGGAGCCUCGAUGUGAUGACCUGCAGCUGGGGAGACUCCAGGAGAGGCUGACGGAGAGAGACCAGCUCAUUAAACGAUUAGUGGAAGAGAGGCAUCAGCUGCAGCUCCACCCUCCUGUUGCCGGGGACAACAGUACCCUCAGGCUCCGUGACGGCAAGUCCCGCCCCGGGAGCGUCACGCCAACCAUGAGGAGGAAACGCGUGGAGUCGCCUCCUCGUGUCACCAGCACCCCCAGCGCCAGUACCUACGACAGGAGCAUCUUCUUACCCCACUCCUCCUCCUCGUCUUCCUCCUCCUCCUCCGUCCAUCAGCACUCCUCCUCAACCCUCCCGCACCAGUCCACCUCCCACCCUCAGACCUCCCCGCACUACUCCACCUCCUCUCUCCCUCACAAGCACACCUCCCUCUCCCUCGGCCAACAUUCCUCCCCCUCGCUCCCUCGCUCCACCAGAGCCCGGACCUCCUGCAUCCCUCCCACCCCCGCGCCAACUGCUCCUCUCCCCGUCUGCCCGUCGCCUCAGACGGGCAUCCGAUACGUGUCCCCCUCCUGCCAGGAGCCACAUGCACACCUGCAGGCCCACUCAAUCAGGGGCCCGUACCUGGAGCAGAGGGGGACUGAAGGGCUGAAGCAGGAGUGGUUCACCAAAUACUUCUCCUUCUGAGCACAAAUAUACAUUAACACACACACACACACACACACACAGCAACUGCAAGUACAUCUCAUAUACAGUUCAUCGCUUCUUAUACACAUACUCAGUUACCUUCUCACACACUCACACUCACACACACACACAAACAUAAUGACAACGACAGACAUACGGGCUCAUCACCAGCAAGGCCAUCUCAGACAUUGCCUCAAAGCUCAACCAAAAAGUGCUUCUCAAACACAUGCCUGACCUCUUCUCAGAACAUAGGCCUGCCGGAUCUUGUUUGCAUAGUUUGGAAUGUCUCCAUAUCUGUUUUGUUUUGUUUUUUUUUAAAAAAAGGCAGUCUUCCUUUUUUUAACAUGAACGUACCGCUCCGAUUUCAUCACGCAACAAUUCCAGGCAAGUGUAUAUUUCGUAAAAAUAUCAACAACCAAGUGUCUCUUCGACUAUGGAAGCAUUCAACAUAUCCAAUCAAGAUCCACAUCAAAACGGACACACACUACGACUCACCAUACCAAAAUGAAGCUUGUCUCAAUGCAAAAAUGUAUGAUAAUCUUAAUGAACAAAUUGAAUAAAAUAUUUUGAUUUUGUAA